AUGAAGAUUGUGAUUAUGAUGCUUAUGACUGUGAUUGCAACCAUGACGGUUACGAUCAUGAUUACGAUGAUAACGAUUAUGAUGAUUGCCACUAUGGCGACCAUCACUAUGAUGACUGCGAUUACGAUAACCGCGACUAUGAUUGACUACGAUGCUUGCGAUUAUGGCCAUGACGAUUAUGACUACGACUAUCAUGACCGUGAUUAUGGUCAUGAUCAUGAUUAUGACGAUUGUGAUAGUGAUUGCGAUCAUUAUGAUUGUGACUACGAUCAUGAUAACGAUGAUUAUGAUCAUGGUGAUUACGAUUGUGAUUUCGAUUACGAAUGUGACUACGGUUUUGGUUACGAUUACGACGUUGAUUAUGGUCGCGAUCAUGAUCAUGGCUGA